AUGGAGAAACUACCCAUCCACUCCAAAGAGGCAUAUGGAGAUGUCCUUGAAUCGACCGACCAACAUGGUCGGGCGCGUCCUAGCACGACCACAUACUUAUGGCGAUUUGGCAUCGUCACAUUGUUCCUCACCGGCUACUACCUAUUGCUACUGAAGCCGUCUUCAGACUGUUCUGUCGCUUGGCAGUCAGAGACCUACAAGGCGGAAAUUGCACAGUACGCGAAAGAGUUGGAGCUUGGAUACUAUGACCCUGGUGCAUCUGAGAGGCUUUGGCAAACAAAGAUACCACUGGAGGCUCAUAUCAUGAGCAAAUGCCCAGAUGCGCAGACUUGCUUACAAAAACUGGUCCUACCUGUCAUGGAAAAAGUCAGUGAUAAAGUGGACUUCAAACUCUCCUUUAUUGCCAGUGUGUCCAAAAGCUCCGAAGAGAUAGAAUGCAAGCAUGGCCCAGGCGAAUGCAUCGGUGACAUGCUCAUACUCUGCGCGGCCAAUCUUCCUUUCCCACCCACGCCAGACGAGACCCUACUCCCAUCUCAGAACCCACGGACCCCUAUUAUUCGGUCGCUAGGAUUCUCGAACUGUCUACUCAAUGACUUUGCCCGCCUCCCAGACCGUGGAUUUGUCCAUCAGUGUGCAAUGGAACAUGGCAUCGACUUUGACGCUUUGAACAAAUGUGCGAGCCAGCAGGAUGAUGAUCCCAAUGAUGGCAAAGACGGUGGACCCCCACUUAGUGGUAUUGCACUGCUACGCGAAAGCGCUACCCGCAGUGAGCAACUCGGCGUCAAAAUCAGCUGCACGGUGCGCCUGGACGAUGCUGUCUGGUGCAUCCGUGACAAUGACGAAUGGAAAGACUGCUCCCAGAACGGUCAAGGCAGUCAACCUUCAGCCCUAAUUGACCAAGUCGAGAAGCUCUGGAAAGAGAGAAACUAA